AUGGAGCGAUGGCUUACGCUUCGCAUCGUCAUCGAAGCUCGCUCGACGACAACGAGUCCAGCUCUCAUACCCACAUCCAUCAAGGCUUCAUCGAUCCAUCUCGACGCCAUGCAUUUCAUCAAGCUUGCCACCGGCACUUUCAUCAUUGCAGCCUCCAGUGCUGCUGCUCAACUCACCUCGGGCCAGAGCCAGACACAGUCUUACGAGCAAGCCUCUAGCAUGACUGUCAAUGCCAUCGUCAAUGACUUCCGAUACAACGGCGAUAUCACUGUCCUUCGUGGACUCAUCGACAUUGCCUUUGCUGCAUUGCAAUCCGAAGCUGCUCUGGUUGCAUCUUGCCUGCAGUCUCCUAGCACUUCAUCGUCCAGCAAAGGCAGUCCAUCUGCUACGUCAGCUCCCGCGUCCACUUCUGCCGCUCCUUCGUCGGCACCGCCUGCGUCACCACCGAAUCCUCCAGCAGCUGGCCCACCUGCUGGUGCGUUGCCGGUUGCACCUCCUGCAGGCAAUGGUCAAUCAGCUGCAUCGCCAUCAGGCGGCAGCAAUGGCCAAUCAUCACCAGGCUCAUCGCCAUCCGCAGGUAGCAACGCUCAAUCACCUUCAUCACCUUCAUCACCCUCAUCGCCGUCUGGGAGCAGCAAUGCACAAUCCUCUGAUCCAUUGGCCAAUCAAGGUAGCUCAGGCUUCUUGACCUCCAUUGUUCCGCUCUCCCGGUCAAGUACAGAUGGAUCGGUCUCUCUUGGUCUACCCAUCAGCAGCUCAAACAUCUCUGGCAUCGCCAACUCGGCGGGCGGCAGCAACCCCAUCGGCGGUCUCGUCUCGGGCGUUGGCAGUGCUGUCACGGGUGCCCUCGGUGGUGUUGCCAGCGCUCUUCCUACACCCCUCGGUGGCAUCGUAUCAGGAGUCAACAGUGUUGCUGGCGGUGCUCUCUCGGGCGUUGGUGGCCUCGUCUCUGGCGUUCUCGCUGGAGGACUCGUUUCCAAUGUCGGUGGAGCUGCUGGCGGCCUCCUCUCUGGCGUUGGUGCUGCUGCAACUGGAGUCAUCGGUGGCGUUGCAAGUGCUCUUCCAGGUCCUCUCGGUGCUCUCUCUGGUGUCGGUGGUGUCGUCUCUGGCGUGCUCGGUGGCGUCGGCGGUGCUGCUGGUGCUCUCCCAACUGCUGUCGGCGGUGCUGUUUCGAACAUUGGUGGAGGUGUCGGCGGAGCUCUCACUGGAGUUGGAGGUGCUGUCACCGGCCUUGUCGGCGGUGUUGCUGGUGCUUUGCCAACUCCUCUCGGUGGCGUCGUUUCUGGUGUUGGAAACGCAGCUGGCGGUGCUGUGUCUGGUGUCGGAGCAGCUGUGUCAGGCCUGCUCGGUGGUGUCGGUGGAGCUGUUGGUGGCCUUUUGGCAAUAACUGGCACACCGUCGCCAGUUUCAGGAGUCGUCGUCAGUGCUACCAAUGGAGCUGUCGCCACUUGCACCAAUCUCAUCUGUCUUCAAGCCUCUCUACCUGGGCUUUUGGGCUUGAACCUCAACGCCAUUCCCACUGGAGGCUCAGGCGGUUCCCUGCUCGACGUCGGUGUCAAGAUCCUUGGUGGUGGCGCCGCACCUGCUGCUGCACCCGCCGUCACAACAAACCUCAAUGCCAUCAUCGCCGCUGCCAGUCAAGUGUCAUCAGUCGCCUCUCUUCCAGGAGUCAUCAGUUUGAGCGCUGGUGCCAUUCCCACAUCAGGUGCAAACCUCGGCAACCUUCUCGGCGUCGGUCUCAACCUGUUCGUCUCUGCAGGCACAGGUUCAGCAAUCGUUGCCGCUGUCACCACAUCCGUUUCAAUCACUCCCAUGUCGGUGGCUGGUCAGCCUUCACCAACUGGACAAUGGGUCCCAAUUACAUCCUGGAUGUACAUUGCUCCAGGUGGCUUGUUCUGA